GCAGUUCCAAGGAACAACGGGUUUUACUGUGUUUCGCCAAAGUGCGCGAAAAGAACCGUUGAACGGUUUCUGGAAUAUUGGAAGAGGAGGCAAAGUCGAUCAAAACAAAGUGCAUGCUAAAAACAAAGAACAUCGCCAUGUUCGAACUAGAGGAUUACUCGAGCGGCAUACACGAGGGUUUCUUCAGCAAAUACGCGGAUGCGGCUGGACCCUCGCUGGACUUUUAUGUAUCCGACUCGAUGCAGGAGAUGCUGAACGUGGACAUUCGCGCAGAGAUCGCCAAUGUGGUGGGCAGUUCCAGCAGCGACCUCACCGCAUCACUGGAUCAGACCCUGGAAGCUAUAUCCGCGAUCAAUAACACCCAGAACAGCGGCCAGUCGGCCUCCUACAAUGCAAAUGCGAAUUUCCUGACCAGCAGCGCACUCCACGCCUCGCCCACGGCCAAAUGGAUGGGUUCAUCGGCCAGCUUUUGGUCCAACACCGAUUACUAUGCGGAUCUGGGGGCCUGCGUUAACCCCAUUUCCGUAAUGCCACUGAUAAACUCAUCUUCCGGUUCCGGAAUGUUCUCGCCGAAGCGAAACAAGACAGUCUCAUGCACUCAGGGAAGAGCGGGAGCGGUGCCCUCGUCUCCUGGCGCCGAGAGGGAUCAGCACAAGUCGCACCUGACCUUCUCGCCGGCCCAGAUGAAGGUCAGUGCAGGGUCCAUGCGACGGGAGCAGGUUAUGGCCCACAUUCCCAAGCAGAUAUCCGUGGUUACGGGAACCGGGACCACCGCGCCCGCCACAAUGGCCACAAAUUCGGCGCUUCAACGUCGUAAUUCCUCGGCUGUAGAUGCAGUACGAAAGGACCUAGGCACAGAGCUGCGCAAAGCCCAGUCCAGUCCGGUGCCCAACUCGGUGGAGGAGCUGGGCAAGGGCAAGGGAUCCGCACUGCUUAACGCAGGCGUUGGAGCCACCAACACCAUUAAACUGGCACCCGGCAUCGGCGGUCUGACCUUUGCCAACAGCGUUGCCUACCAGAAAUUGAAGCAAACCUCCAACGUCAAGUCACCAGGAGGAAUCUCGCCAGGAGCGGGUUCAAAUAUCGGCCUCAAGCGGGAGGACUCGAACAAGCGAGGACUGCAGGUUAGCACCACACCAAAGAGUAUCGCCUCGGCGGCCAACUCGCCGCACCAUCAAAUGCAGAGCAACUACAGCCUGGGAUCACCCUCGUCCCUGUCCUCUUCGUCGGCCUCUUCACCGCUGGGAAAUGUUAGCAACCUGGUCAACAUUGCGAAUAAUAACAGCAACGGCGGAGGUAAUGUCGGUUUGGUGAAGCCCCUGCAGCAAAAGGUCAAGUUGCCACCGGUAGGCAGUCCGUUUCCCAAGCCAGCCUACUCCUACUCCUGCCUCAUCGCUCUGGCCCUCAAGAAUUCGCGUGCAGGAUCACUGCCCGUCUCGGAGAUCUACAGUUUCCUCUGCCAGCACUUCCCCUACUUCGAGAAUGCCCCCAGUGGCUGGAAGAACAGUGUGCGUCACAAUCUGUCCCUGAACAAAUGCUUCGAGAAGAUCGAGCGGCCAGCCACGAAUGGUAAUCAGCGAAAGGGUUGCCGCUGGGCCAUGAAUCCCGAGCGCAUUAACAAGAUGGACGAGGAGGUGCAAAAGUGGUCGCGCAAGGAUCCGGCUGCCAUACGUGGAGCCAUGGUCUACCCGCAGCAUCUGGAGUCCUUGGAAAGGGGUGAGAUGAAGCACGGAUCGGCCGAUUCGGAUGUGGAGCUCGACUCGCAGUCGGAGAUCGAGGAAUCCUCGGAUCUGGAGGAGCAUGAAUUCGAAGACACCAUGGUUGAUGCCAUGCUGGUGGAGGAGGACGAGGAAGCCGAGGAGGAGGAGGACGACGAUGAUGAGCACAUACUCAGCGAGUUUGAGGCGGAAGAUGAGCGUCAGUCCCAUGUCAACGGAAACCAGUCGAGUAACCACCUGCCCAUCGACCAUGCUUUGCUUGGACAGAAAAGCAGCGACUUUGAUAUAGAGGUCGACGAUCUGUACGAUGCCAUCGAUAUCGAGGACGACAAGGAGGCAGUGCGUCGGGCUAUCGCCAACGCCCAGGCGCAGCACAUCAUCGAAUUGAAUCCGGCCGAUUUGAAUGCCUCCGAUGGCUACCAUCACCAGCAGCAGCAGCCGCCAUUGAAGCGGGCUCGCGUGGACAUCAACUAUGCGAUCGGCCCGGCUGGCGAGCUGGAGCAGCAGUAUGGCCAGAAGGUGAAGGUGCAACAGGUCACACAGCCGCAGCAGCAUCCGCCCACCUACAACCGGCGAAAGAUGCCGCUGGUCAACCGCAUCAUCUAGAGCGGUUACAUUACAUUACAUUAAUCACUUAGUGCUAGGUCUUUGGUAUUUAAGGAACCCUUGCUACGCUUAAACAUAAUCCCUAAGCCCCAUCAGCCAAUAUCGAAUAUCAGUUUUCGGUUUCGUGUGCAGAAGCCAACAGUGUUAUUUAAUACCCAACUCCUUUACUUGUAGUUCAGUUUGGUUGCCGUUUGAUUUUAAAUCUCAACUGAAUCAGAAGGAGAGCUUGUGUGCCCCUUUAUUUUUGCUUAAUUUGAAUCUUUUUCCCCUUAGUCGUUUCUCGAAUAAAUCUUUAUAAUUUAUGUUAAUCAAACACCCGAAAUUUUGCUCCACUUGACGAUACUUCAAGUCCGUUUUGCCUGACGCCUGAGCGGAACAGCUCAAUAGGUUCCACUGACGAAGCAUUAAGCAUGUUAAUACCAUAUUUUUCCCAACUUUUGAUUUGAUCUCCCACUGACAAACAAAAUUUCAUCCUUAAUUGAUAAGAAACUUGACAAUGCAUUUAUGACAAAUGAUUCCGCGCGUAGUCGUAGAAUAAUAUCAAUGUGCAACACAACGAUUAUUUUGACAACGAAAUGUGAACAGUAGGUUUAUGUUUUGACCUUUGUUGGUUAUUACACCCAAUGGUGAAAAUUUGCAUUUGCUAACAUUUUCAGCUUACAUUUAAGAAAGUUGAAAGAGAAUUGAUCACACACAUACUUGCCGGUCCAGUAUUCGUAUGCGAGUUAUAAUGCGGAUUUUUAUAGAACUUUUGUAUGAAUUGUACUAUAUACAUAUAUACAGACACAGAAAUCCCACAAUUAUUGUCGGAAAGUUCAGUCAAUUAAUUAUACGGUUAUUUUGUAAGCCGGUUCGGAAUGUAAAUAGUUUACACGCAGAGAAAAACUUGUAUACUAUGUGCUAGCUGUAAGAAAGAUGUAUGUAAUUUUAUUUGUAAGCCAAACCCGAAUUCCAAAUGAAACAAGAUCCGAAAACCAAUAAGACUUGAAAGAAGCGUACCCGACUAAUGAACAUGAUCAAGCCUCAGAAGUAAAUAGUACAAAGAGCUAGCGCUAACUAAGUUACGGGCACGUAAAAGAAAGCAUUUACAAGGCCAGCUCAUGGAUGGCUCAAACAAAUGAAUCCUUUUUGUUAUUAUUCUUUUCUCAUCUGAUGUUUCGAGUCAGCUUUCGCAUUCAACAAUUCCAUUUACAAACCAACAACAUUCAUGCAUUUAUUUGUUGUAAUAUUGGCACCUAAUUAGCAUUAAAAAUGAAUAUUGUCAUUAUAAGUAUAACUAUGUAAAUCCUUAAGCUAAGAAAGAACAAUUUUUGUAUAGAGUUGUUAGAAAAUCAAUUGACAAAACAAAAUUGAAACCAAAAAAA